AUGCAGAGACGUUCCGCAUCGCAGGAUGACAAUCACGCCGACCGAGACCGGUGGGAUCGAGAGCGGGAUCGAGACCGGGAUUGGGACUGGGAUAGAGAGCGCGAACGAGACCGAGAUAGGGACCGGGACAGGUCCGGGGAGCGGGAUCGGGAUAGAGAUAGGGUGAGAGAAAGGGAUCGAGACAAGGAUUGGGAAGGGGACAAGGAGAGGGAUCGUGGUGAGAGGGAACGCGAUCGGGAUUUGAAGGAGAGAGAUUCGGACCGAGAGAGGGAGAGGGAGACUAGCCGGGAGAGGGAGAGGGAGCGAGAAAGGGACAGGAGUCAUUCCAGGGACAGGGACAGGGAUAGAGAAAAAGAAAGGGAGAGGGGUGGGGAGAAAGAAGUUGGUGGGGGCGAAAACAAUGAGUCUGAUCAAGAACGGGAUAAGCAACAGCAACUGCCGCUUGACGAGUUCUUGCAGUCUCAGCUGACGCAACAGCAGGAUCAACAGCGGCUGGAACGCGAGAGGCAGGUUAUGAAAUCGGGAGUGUCACCGGGGGGAAGGGGAGAAGGAGGCGGGGGAGGCGGGGGAAGAGGAGGGAGCGGAGGCGCGGAAGGAGGAGGGGAGGAAGGGGGAAGGGGAGGAGGGGGAGGGGGAGCGGGAGAGGCAGGGAAGAGCAAGGGGCCUCGAGAGGCGAGGCAGCUGUGGGUGGGCAACGUGACCCUCGAUAUUGCCGAGCGUGAGCUGUCAGACGCGUUUGGCCGCUUCGGCCAGGUGGAAGGCCUCGCGAUUCUCUACCAGAGAGAGUUUGCUUACGUGGACAUGGCCACGUCAGCACAGGCCAGCGAGGCGAGGCGGGUGCUGGCGGGGAAGCCGUUGCGCCCGGGCUUGCUGCCGCUGAAAGUGGAGUUUGCUUAUGCCAAGGGGUCAACAGGCGGAGCGGCGCCACAGCCGCCAGCAGCUAGUCAGCCUAAGGAGAAGGAGCGCCCGGAGCGGCUGCCACGGCCGGGCGUGCGGAGGGUGGUGUGGGUGGGGUGGGGGCCGGCGCACGUGGUGCCCGAGGAGAUCGACGCGGAGUUCCGGCGCUUCGGCCCCAUCGAGGAUCUGCGCUUCCACCCCGACCGCGCCUGCGCCUUCGUCGACUACCACUUUGAAGACGACGCUCGGGCCGCUCCGGCACCAGCAGCCAGCCAGCCGAAGGAGAAGGAGCGCCCGGAGAGGCCACGAGCAGCAGGGGUGCGGCGGGUGGUGUGGGUGGGGUGGGGGCCAGCACAUGUAAUCCCCGAGGAGAUCGACGCGGAGUUCCGGCGCUUCGGCCCCAUCGAGGACCUGCGCUUCCACCCCGACCGCGCCUGCGCCUUUGUCGACUACCGCUUUGAAGACGACGCUCAGGCCGCCGUGGCGUCGAUCAACAACGUCCGCACGCGCGACGGCGGGGUGUUCCGAGUGGAGUUUGCGAAAUCAGGCCCGCAUGCUGGAGGAGGCGGCGGUGGCGGCGGCGGCGGCGGCGGCGGCGGCGGCGGCGGUGGUGGUGGUGGUGGUAGAGGAGUCACAGAGGAGAGGCUCCACGCGGCCUUUUCCCAGCACGGGCAGAUUCGGCGCAUCAAGACGUUCCCGGGGCGCACGUACGCGUUUGUGGAGAUGGGCACGUGCGAGCAGGCGACCAAUGCGAUCCGCGCACUGGACCAUGUGCUGUUUAACGACGAGCGCGUGCACAUCCGGUACUCGAAAAGCGAGUUUGCGUUCAUGCAUGCUGCAGACCCGCCCUUCACCUCCCCUGCUGCUGCUGCAGCAGCAGGCGGUGCAGCAGGUGCUGCAGCAGGAGCGGCAGCUGGGGAGGGGUUUGGUGAGAGGGGCAGGCAGGGAGGAGGGACGGGCGGUGGGGGGGUUUCUGGGGGUUUGUAUGAGGUGGAUCGGGGUUUUGGAGGGGAUAGGGAGUACGGUGGUCGGGGGAGAGGGAGGGGGAAGGGGAAGGGGAGGAGGGUGAGGGGAGGGAGAGGAGGGAGAGGUAGGGAAGGGUGGGAGGAGGGGGAUGGUGAUGGGGCGUGGGAGUCGCCCCCCCGUGGGCCUGACAGAGGGGGGAGAGGAGGGGGGAGAGGAGGGGGGCGAGGAGGGGGGCGAGGAGAGGGGCGAGUUUGGGCGGAUAGGGAUUGGGAGAGGGAGAGGGAGGAGUGGGACAGGGGUAGGGAGAGGGACUGGGAGAGAGAUGAGCGGGACUGGCGGGACGGGAGGGAUGGGAGGGAUGGGUGGGACGAGAGAGACGGGUGGGAUGAGAGAGAUGAGAGGGAUGAGCGGGAGUGGCAGCGGGUGUAUGACUCCAAGCGUCCACGAGUGGACGGCCAGUUUGAUCCCGAUAACCGCGGCCGCUUUUACGAUGAUCGCGAAGGGGGCCCUCUGCCUCCUCCUCAUGGCCCGUCUUAUGACUCUCAUCCUCCCCAUGGGCCUCCCCCGCAUGGGCCUCCCCCGCAUGGCCCUCCCCCGCAUGGCCCUCCCAGCCGCAGAAGCAGUGGUUGGGAUGUUGUCAUGCCCCCAGCUGUCUCUGCUGCCUCUCCUGCUGUUUCUGCUGUUUCUUCCGUCACCGGACCUCCCAUGCCGGGCCGUCCGGGCUUCCCUGGGGCUCUUCCUGGCCCCGUGCCUCCUCCCGGACCUGGUUCCGUGCCUGGAGGGCUGGCUCGGGCGGUUGGAGCUUCAGGUGGCGCGGGGUCGCAUUGGAAAGGGACGUUGGCCAAGGGGGGGAUUCUCGUGUGCCAUGCGCGGGCGAUUCCCAUUGGUCCAGGCAUCUCUGCACCCAUGCCGGACGUGCUGAACUGCUCGGCCCGCACAGAACUGGAUACUCUCGCGAAGCACGUGCGGGCAGCGGCGGACUUUGGAGUGGUAGCAAUAAUCCCCGAGGCACAGCCGGACGUCCCUCCCUACCACGACCUCGUGCAGUACCUGGGGGAGAAACGCCGUGCAGGAGUGGCGAAGCUGCCUGACGGCUCCACGCUCUUCCUCGUCCCGCCGUCUGACUUUGCCGGGCCCCCGCUUCCCCUCCCCCACGCAGGGCUGAUGCCCCAAGGGCACCCAGGGAGACCGCCUUUGCCUCCAAACCAGCAGGGCCCCGGUCAGCAGCAGCAGCAGCAAACUGGAGCCUCGUCGUUUAGGUGGCAGCAGCAGCAUCAGCAGCAGCAGCAGCACCAAGAGGGGGUUGGAGGCGUUUCCGCCCAGCCUCUUUCACCCCCCCAGAGACCUCUGCAAGCGCCAAUGCACCCAUCCGCCGUUCCCUUGCCUCGUGCCCCUGGUGCAGGUCCCGGAUUACCUGGUUACCUACCCCCGGCUUUCACACCCCCGGUCCCUCCCAAUGCCCGUUCUUCUGCCUCCCCCAUCCCCCCGGCGGCACUUCAGUUGAUACGCCCCCCAGUGGGUAUGGCUGGGGGAGGCGCCGAGGGAGCAGCAGCAGGGGCAGGGGCAGGGGCAGGGGCAGGGGCAGGGGCAGGGGCAGGGGCGGGUGCAGGGCAGGGUGCUACUGGAGCAGGCUUUUCUGGGUCGGGUUUACCUGCUGGGAUCACCCCUGAGCUCCUUGCGUCUCUAUCGUCUCUGCUUCCGAAGCUGAACGUUCCGGCCGCAUCCCCUGCCCCUGCUACCGGCACUGGUGCUGCUGCUGCCGGUGCUGCUGCUACUCCUGGCAAUGCCACUGCACCUGUCUCCUCUGGUCCCGGCAUGGGUAUGGGUUUCCCCCCGUCCGCCGCAGGCAUGGGUGGGAUGAAAAGGGAUUUCUCCUCAGUGCCACCUCCGCUGCCCCCUGCUCCCCCGGUCGGAGGGCAGUUCCCCCAGAGGCCUCCCGGCCCUCCUCUUCCUCCCCUCCCUCCCCAGCAACAGCAUCAGCAGCAGCAGCAGGUGGUGUCGCCUCCCCAGUUCACCCCUGAGCAGCUGGCUCAGCUUAGUAAACUGCUGGGACAGCAGCAGCCGCAGCCGCAGCCGCAGCCGCAGCCGCCUCCCCAAUCUAUGCAGCUGGCACAGCAGCAGCAGCAGGCGCAGCAGCAGCAGCAGCAGCAGCAGCAGCAGCAGCAGCAGCAAGCACAGGAACAGCCGCCUUCCAGUUAUGGGGGCCCUCUAUCCCCAUCUGCUCCUGCUGCGCCCUUCCCUGGCGCCGGUUUCCCUGGGCCUGCACCCAGAGGGCCCUUUCAAGGGCCGCCACUGCCCCCGCCACAGCAGCAACCGCAGCAGCAGUGGCGGCAGCAGCAGCAGCAGCAGCAGCAGGUGCAGCAGCAGAUGCAGCAACAACCGCAGCAGCAGAUGCAAGGGCAGGCUGACGGUUCUGGCUUUGGUGGUGGCAUGAGGGGCACUGGUUUUGGUGAUCGCAGCAGUGGUGGUGGUGGUGGUGGUCCCGGUGGUGGUGGUGGUGGUGCUGCUUGGAAUGGCUCGGCCGUUGGAACUGCUUCUGGUGGUUGUGCUGGUGGUGGUGGUGGUUCUGGUGGGGGUGGUGGCGCAGGUUUUGGUGGCGGUGGUGGUGGCGCUGCUGGUGGUGCUGGUGGUGUUGCGGCUGCGUUCUCCCCUCAAUGGGGUCAGCAGGGGCCUUUGGCACCUUUACCUCCUCAGCAACCUUUCUACCAGCAGCAUCAGGCAGCUGGUGGUUACGGACCAGGUUCAGGGGUUUCUUCAGGUGGUUUUUCAGGUGGCUCUGGUGGUUCAGGUGGCAGCAUGGGAGUUCCAGUGGCCGCAGCAGCUGUGGCAGCAGCAACAGCGGCUGGAGGCGGAGGGGGAGGAGGAGGCGGUGGAGGAGGAGUGGCGAGUGGAGGUAUUGAUAUGCAGGAUGAGAGGUUUAAGGCGACCCUGCAGCUUGCGUCACAGCUGCUGCAGCAGAUGAAACAGCAGCAACAACAGCAGCAGCAGCAAUAG